AAUAUUUCCAGGGAAUUCUAACAAACCUCCAAAAGCAAGCCAAUUUUUUAUCGGGGGGAAUUUUGCAAGAGAGAAUGAAGAACUCGGUUUCGGAUCAUUGUUUUUACAUUGAGAGUGAGGAGGAAGAUGAGGACAAGGCUUUAGACAAUGAAGGUGUAGAUGAAGAUGAUGGACAAGAAUCUGAUUUUUCCGAUGGUGACUACGGUGCCCGCCAGCCGCCACAACCCAGUUCCUACAACACACAAUGGCCUCAAAGUUACAGGCAGUCCAUCAACCUGUAUAGUAGUGUACCAUCUCCUGGUAUUGGGUUUUUGAAUGCCUCUUCACUUUCAAGAUAUGGUAGUUCGUUUCUUUCCUCAUCGCUAUCGAGGAGACACACACCAGAAUCAUUGUCUUCGCUGACAAAACCUCUAACAGCUGAUCAAGUACAGCAGCAAAGGACUAGUUCGUAUCUGUCUCCUUCUGCACCGUCAAGGAGGUCUUCUACAAUGAGGGAUGGGAAAUCGUCAGUGAUCUGUCACGAAGCUCCAAUUUCUCGCCACAGCUCACUUGGACAAGCUGUGCUAAAUGGGAUGAAUGUACUAUGUGGGGUUGGAAUACUCACCACCCCUUAUGCAGCCAAGGAAGGAGGAUGGCUUGGGCUUCUCAUCUUGCUUGCUUUUGCGGUGUUUUCCUUUUACACUGGAAUGCUGUUGCGCUACUGUCUGGACAGUGAACCUGGCCUUGAGACCUACCCAGACAUUGGCCAGGCUGCAUUUGGCACUGCUGGCAGAAUUGCCAUAUCAAUAAUUUUAUAUGUGGAGUUAUAUGCUUCUUGUGUUGAGUAUAUAAUUCUGGAGAGUGAUAACUUAUCAUCAUUAUUUCCCAAUGCACAUAUUAGUGUGGGUGGAUUUGAAUUAGGUUCACACCAUUUAUUUGCAUUGAUGACCACCCUUGCUGUUCUCCCAACUGUUUGGCUCCAAGACCUUCGUGUUCUUAGUUAUAUUUCUGCUGGUGGAGUCAUUGCAUCUUUGUUGGUGGUGUUUUGCUUGUUUUGGGCUGGUUUGGUAGAUCAUGUUGGUUCUCACAGCAGUGGGACACCACUGAACCUGGCUACUCUUCCUGUGGCUAUUGGUCUUUAUGGAUUCUGUUAUUCAGGACAUGCUAUUUUCCCCAACAUUUAUACUUCAAUGGCAAAUCCCAAUCAAUUUCCUGCAGUCCUCAUAACAUGUUUUGGACUCUGUACUUUGAUGUAUGCUGGAGUAGCUUUCAUGGGUUACACUAUGUUUGGAGAACACGUAGAGUCACAGUACACUCUUAACAUGCCAAAAGAUCUGGUUGUCUCAAAGAUUGCAGUUUGGACAACGGUAGUUAACCCUUUUACCAAAUAUCCUUUUUCUUAGAAAAGUUUAAUUUUUUGGUUUCUAAGUCAUAGUUCGUAUUCAG